AUGACCUAAAUCAACGUUCUGUCAAAGUGUCUGAUUUGAAGCUCAUCCCCCUUUGUUUUUUCUUCCAUUCCCACUUCAAUUUGACAACAGCAGUUCUACUCUAAUUAACACUGCCUUCAAUGAAAUAUCAAAUCCUUAAAGCUCUGCAACAAAUUGAAGAUCUAUGGGGUUUAGACCUGCCAGAGACUUUAGAGGAUCGAAUCAAGUUCCUUAAAAGGGAGUUCAGAUUCCUUGAUAUUUUUCUCAGCUUGCAGAUCUUCAUAGAUUUACCAUACAACCUUGAUUUGAUACUCAAAGUUGAAGCUCUGUUUCAAGAUGCUACCGCUCGCCUUUCGGUCAACGAGUUCCACGACGGUGAUGACGUUAUCAACGAGAUCCAGCACCUUGAUAACGUUACCAAUCAAUUGCAAGUCAAGAUUGGGAUGACUAAGUUGGAUAUGAGAGCUAAAUACCCCUUUCCCAUCGUGUAUUACUAUAAUAAAGAUAACCCCAAAUAUGUAUUGGAAUUCAUUGAUACUGUUGUGGGGAAUCUUGGUGAUUUACUAAAGAUUUAUUGUUCCGGUUCACUACUUUUUGUUCCGGGACCCAAGAAAGAACUGGGAGAUGUCUUUAAGGAGUUGAAGUUACUGAGAAAUUUUGUGUGCUUUGUUUCGGACAGAUCCAUAGAGCCGAAAAGUCAACAAACUGAUUUCUUCACCCAUGUUUUAGAGGUGGCUGGCCGCGCAGCAAUGGUUUCCUGGUUGUAUUUACCAAGAAAUGGCGACGACAAUCAAGACAUGGAUCCUGCAAAAAUGAAUGAUUUGCUUUUUGAUCUCCUCCGAACAAAGAUUAAGCCCAUUCAGCCCAGCAUCCGCAAGAUCUAUAUUGAUGUGCUGCAAGCUCUAAGGUGGAUAAUACAAUCACAACGUUAUCCGAUUGUCCAAAUUGAGCAUGUAGCUGAUUGUGCAGCUGGCUUUGUGGGGACUCUCAAACACAACUUGAAAGCGCUACCGAUUAGUAAUCCAGGUACUCAUCAAAUAGCAGACCUUCAGGAGAUGCUCGACCUCUUAAUAGCCAAUCUCAGCCAUCUGUCGGUACAAGAUCUGGAAUUUCAUCUUCAAGAUAUCGACACUGUGAUGAUUGAUUCCGGACUUCUUGUUUACUCGUUAUGUGAAGAUGUGGCGUUAGAGGAAGUGACUAUUGAUUGGCCGAGUACCAUUCAGCGCAUCAAGACAUUGAUCUACCACAUCAAUCGAAAGGAGUUCCAAUCUAAUUUGCCAAGGAUUCAUGGAAUAGGCUAUGUUGAUUUCCUCUUAAACAACCUGAAGGAGUUCCAAGACCGUUAUCCAGAUGCACUUGCUUUCGUCAAGACUCAACUUCAAAUAAUUCAAACUGAACUAGAUAGCUUGCAACCUUUUUUUGCAGAAGAGCAAUACAAUACUCACCACAAACUUCAGAAUUCUGUGACACUACUGAUUGGCAAAGCAUAUGAGGUAGAAUAUACUGUUGAUGCUUGUGUGAGCAAACAAGUUCCUGACUGGUGUAUCGAGCUUUGGCUCUCGGACAUCAUGAAGGAGAUUACAACAGAGGUAAAAAGAAUCCAACAAAAGAAAAUAGUUGAGGUUGGCUUAGUUUCACCUUAUACCCUUGCUACUGACACUUCUCAUAAGUCAUCAGAAUUGGAAAAAUGGCCCAGGAUCAAUGAAAAAAUUGUAGGCUUUGAGGAUGUGAUCAAAACAUUACAAGACCGAGUAAUACUAGGAUCAAGAGAGCUAGAAAUUAUCUCGAUUGUUGGUAUGCCUGGAGCAGGAAAGACAACUUUGGCCAAAAGACUCUAUUUUGACGAAUUAGUUGUCUCUCACUUUGCUAUUCGUGUACAAUGUUAUGUGUCUCCAGUAUAUUCAUGGAGGGGCCUAGUACUGUCUCUUCUGGGUAUUAAAAAUGGUUCUAUUGAUGAGACCUCCCCUCUUCAUAGUAUGGAGACUAAUGAACUAGUAGAUAUCCUUCGCAGAAGUUUAUAUUCCAAAAGAUAUCUUAUCCUCAUUGAUGAUGUAUGGCAUCCUAGAGUGUGGGAUGAUUUGGCAUGUUGCUUCCCUGAAAUGGCUAUGGGAAGCAGAAUUCUUCUUACAACGAGAAAUGAUGAUGUUGCCAACAAUGUUAAAUCAGUUAGUGAACCACUUUGUCUUCGCCUGUUGAGCUAUGAAGAAAGUUGGGAGCUACUAAAAAUGAAAGUGUUUGGCGAUGAAAGCUGCUCUCCACUUCUUGAAGAAGUUGGGCAAGAAAUAGCAAGAAAGUGUGGAGGGCUGCCUCUGUCAAUUGUUUUGGUGGCUGGUAUUCUCUCAAAGAUGGAGAAGACAGAAGAAUGUUGGAGCCAAGUGGCAAAGGAUUUAGGUUCCUACAUUGCCAGUGACGCAAAGGCUAUUAUUGAACCAAGUUAUCAGUAUUUGCCCUAUCAUUUAAAGCCUUGUUUUCUUUAUUUUGGAACAUUUUUAGAGGACAAGGAAAUUAAUAUUUCAAAGUUAACAUGGUUGUGGACUGGAGAAGGAUUUGUAAAGGAUCUUGAAGGCCAUAGUUCGCAGGACAUAGCAGAACAUUACUUGGAGGAUCUUAUUCAUAGAAAUCUGGUGAUGGAUACUAAGAGUUCUGAUGGUAAGGUCAAAUCGUGUCGUGUCCAUGGUCUAUUGCUUGAUUUCUGCAAGCGAAGAGCGGAGGAGGAGCAUCUUCUACUAUGGAUAAAACGGGACCAAAAGGCAAAUCCUUCUUCUGGUAUUUGCUCUCAUGAGCAGCUGGUUCAGCGUCGCUUGGCCUUUGCUGAAGUUGAUAAUCUUGUAGAAUGGAGUUCGACUUGCUGUCCUGUUGGCUCUGUACUUUACAGGGAAGACAACAGAAUAGAUAUUUCUAGUCGCCAACUCUCACAAAUAUUUUACAACUUCAAGUUUCUUAAAGUGUUGGAUUUGGAGUCAAUUGUUAUUCAUUCUUUCCCAACGGUGCUAGUUUACUUGAGGUAUUUUGCUGCGCAAACUGCUCAGGAUUCAAUUACAUCGUUCAUAACCAAUCUUUGGAACCUUGAAACGUUGAUACUAAAAUCAACAAAAGGAAAGUUGGACCUACCCGUUACAAUUUGGAAGCUGGUUAGAUUGAGACAUCUGCGUAUCGACAACAUUUAUUUCACUUUAAAUGGCGCAGAAGGAUUACUUGAGAAGUUGGAAGUUCUUUCCUCUCCAUGUUUUUCAUGUUUGAAGGAUGUGGAACUGCUAUCGAGAAAAAUACCGAAUCUUCGGGAACUGAGAUGCUCCUUUGUUGAUUUUAGACACGACUUCUUCCCUAAAUUGGAUUUCCUAACACGGCUUGAGACGCUGGAGAUUCAUUUAGCAGCAGAUUCAAUGGUAGGUGUUCCAUACAACUUUCCAUCAAGUCUCAGAAAUUUGACACUAUCCAACUUUUUCCUGGGCAGUUGUCACGAAUCCAACAUUUCAAAGCUUCCCAACCUUCAGGUACUGAAACUGGUAUCAAUUUUCUUUGACAAUGACGAGUGGGAUGUGAGGGACGACGAGUUCGAAGCACUCAAGGUCUUGAAGCUAGUAAAAUGUGAAUUCUUAGAAGAAUGGAAAGCCCCGCAUAAUGCCUUUCCUAAGCUUGAACAUUUGGUUUUGCGUGAAUGCCCAUAUCUUAAGGCGAUCCCUCUUCGGUUUGGAGAUCUCACUAGUCUAAAGUCCAUCAAGGUAAAGUCGUGCAGUGAAUCUGUUGAGCGGUCAGCCACAGAUAUCAAACGACAUCAGGAAGAUGUUUAUAUGGAUUCCGGUCUCAAGGACUUCAUCGAGAAGGAGAAAAGGGAUAGGUUAUCAGCGACAUUCAUGGCAGAGCAAGUUUCCGAUCAGAAACAAGUAAUGGACGACGAUGAUGAUUUUGUAGAGGAAGUUUCUGAUCCAAAAUCGAAAAAUUUGAAGCCUAAUGUUCCUGCUAAAGCAAAUACUGUUCAGAAGGAUGUAGAUUAUGCUAAACCAAGCACAUAUAUCAAGAAAAAGCUGGUUCUCAGAUUAUAUGUGAGGGGGAAUGAUCAGAAAUGUCGGACCAAGGCCUUAAAGAUAGCUGUUUCUCAGCCAGGGGUGGAAGCAGCAGCUAUAACGGGAGAAGAAAGGAACCACUUAGAAGUUGUGGGAGAACAAAUAGACGUGGUGGCUCUAACCAACUCACUGAGGAAGAAAUUGGGCCACGUGCAGCUGGUGAGUAUUGGGUCUGCUGGUGGUGGCUACAAGGAAGACGAAAAGGCUGGUCAAUACUCUGUUUGCCGAACUGUGGAUCAAGAUAAACGAAGGUGUUCCGUUAUGUGAACGCUGAAUUAAAUUAUUCUACUUGAAAUAAUGAGUAUUAAGAUUGGGACAGAACUACUCCACAAAAAGAUACUGGAAGGACGAGCAUCCCAAGUUUUUGCUCCGUCCUAAAAGUACCAUGAUUGUCUUUUAAUUUACCUAAUGGUGUAAAUAAGUUUAUAUACUGCCAGUGUAUAGGACUUA